AUGGUAGAUGAGAUUGUGCCGGAGUCUGUCACUCAGCAUAUCUCGUCAGUAACGGCAGCCGAUGAUCAUUCUAGUCUCGAUGACCUGUUGUUGAGCGAACCGUUAUCGUUGGAGAGGAGAUUGCAUCCCACUACCUCUGUGGUUGCCUCUGAGUCCACCUCUGAUGGCGCAACCCUCGCCUACGCUGUCAACGUAUCGCCAACGAUGCUGCAUAUCCCAAUAAUUCUGGAUUCGACCCUGAGAUCAGAUACCGACGAUUUUCAGCUACUGUUUCAGCACUUCGUCUUGCAGUCGAUGCCAUCUAUGGCGCCUGAUGACAUUGACUUGGACCUCUUCCUCAAGUACACGAUGCCUUUGGUCCUCGGGGACGAUCUGGUCAUGCGCGCAGCCCUCGCGCUUAGCAGCGCAAAGUACAUGAUGCGAGAUCCAACGAGUAAAGCGCUACAUCUGUCUAGGCUAUGCCAUUCCCAGGUUAUGGAUGCUAUCAGAAUACGGAUCAUUACUUGCAAAGCUGGGCUGGACGAGCGACCUGUGUUCCUAUACUUUGCCACCCAUCUUAUACUCAACGUCCUUCCCUCGUCCGUUCGACAGAUUGAUCGAACUCUGCAUAGAUUCCUGCUUAGGGCGUGCAUCUACAUACGAGCUGAGACAUGGGGGUGCGAGGGUCCCACAGGUUUGCCCUCGGACGUAGAGAAGCAGGUUGCGAAUAUGUUCCAACUCGCGGCCAAGCUUGAGGAUCUGGACAACGAGGGAGGAAUAAGAAGUCAGAUCGGCUUGCUUCAAACAGCCUUCGUCACAGGCCUGUUAGUUGUGCCGAAGCUCGCACGCCUUUCAGCAUCAAGGGGGUGCAUUGAAGACGACGUUGAACGCGCUAUACAAUUGGCAGCACUCGAGUCGCAGAUCAUGUCGUGGCAACCUCCUCCUGGUUCUGAAGCAAGUGAUAACGUCCGGAGAGUCUGGGGUCUAUGGCGGACAGGUCUUCUGGUACAUCUUUACACAUCCCCGGUGGCACAAGAAGUUUGCCAGACGUGGUGGAGAGAGAAGAGCAACGCUGCUCUCAUGGCCGCUGGUAAUGGCAGGGUCAUUUUCUCAGAUCGCUUCGCAUCAACGGUUGAUUCGAGACACGUUAUCAUCUAUCUCUGA